UGUCACCACCACAGCUUUGUCCUUCUAGUCUGCUUCCAACACCCCUCUCCUUCACCCCCACCCAUUUGUCUGUCUGGGACUUUUUGUAAACCUGCCAACAUGAUCACGUAACAGCCAGGCAUUCUUUUGAAAGAGAGAGCGAGCAGGAGAGACAGAGAGCGAUGUGGGUUUCUGCAGAACCAUAGCUAGAUUAGGAGUCCGUGAACAUGGAGUGAAGUAUGCAAGGCUGUUGUGGCAACUCUCUGACAGCACGCUGGUAAAAGUUAAUCCUCCCUAGGGCAGCUCCCAGCUGCACUUUCCUUUUCUUCCUUCUUCCCUUUGCUAAUGCACAACCUAACGGUCCUGAAGAGCACGGUCAUCUCCAACUCCAAUGUCACCUGCUCCUGUAACUACACCAGAUCCCAGCACCAGGGGAUGGAGAUAUCUGAACUGGAGUUUAUUCAGAUAAUAAUUAUAAUUGUGGUGAUGACAGUAAUGGUGGUGGUGAUCAUCUGCUUACUGAACCAUUAUAAACUCUCCACCUGGUCCUUUAUCAACCGACAGAGCCAAGGCAGGAGACAAGAGGAAGCCUUGCAGCCAGAGGGGUGCCUGUGGCCGGCAGACAAUACAGUAUCACGACAAGAUGCUCCAGAGAUAAUGUACGCACCGAGGUCGAUGGAGAGGUUCACAGCCCCUUUGUUUAUGCAAAGGGAUCAUUUCAGCCGCUUCCAGACCACCUACCCGUACAUACAACAUGCGAUAGACCUGCCGCCCACCAUCUCGCUGUCAGACGGGGAGGAGCCUCCUCCCUACCAGGGACUCUGCACGCUGCAGCUACGAGACCCUGAGCAGCAAAUGGAACUGAACCGCGAGUCAGUCCAAGCGCCACCCAACAGAACAAUCUUUGACACUGACUUCAUAGAUGUUUCCAUGUACAAUGGGGGGGCUCAUCCUCCUAGCAGCAAAUUGUGCAUCAGCGCAACUGUCUCUAGCAGUAAUGGCAGGAUGGGGGCCCCACCACCAACCUACAGUGAGGUAAUGGGCAACUAUCCAGGCUCCUGGUUUUUUCAUCACCAGCACAGCAAUACUUCAUCACAGAGGGGAAACAGUCUCCAUUUCCAGCAAGACAAUGCAAAGAUCACAUUAAUGGCCAUGAAGGGCAGAGGGGAACAAUAGAGAAAAUCUGGUCUGAGAAUUGCAUGCAUGUGUAUGUAUCGACUCUUACAACAGGGGUGUGUCAGCACUUUCUACACUCCUGCGCACACUUAGUCAAAUCUAACUUUGGUGCAAAAAAAUAGGAACCAAGCUUACAUAUGAUAAUUUUGUUUUCUCGUGUUUCUUUGGUAAGGGGUGUGUGUACUAUGUGGGUUAAUGACUACAUUAAUCUGUGAAAAAGGAAAGCAGUGUUCAUGUAAAUUAAUGAGGAUUGUGCACAGUCGAGUUUUGAAACAAACAAAAAUCCUUUUGAGUGCCAAGAUUUAGAAUUGUGUA